AAACAUAUAAAUAAAAGGUUGAUAUUUUCAAUUCUGGACAUUUGAUAUUUAUGACACAUUUCUCUAAAUAAUCAACUAACAUGUAGGACCAAAUGAAUAUCAACUCAGGAAAACUGAUAAAGAAUCAUUUCAUUCGAAAUUUCAAGGCUUAAGAUUUUUUGGUUUGAGGAAAUUCAACAUUCAAAGACGAUAAUCCAACAAUAUCGGGGCUCUUGAGCUGAUCAAGUUGUUUCUUACCACGGCGCAGCAAGUACUCAAUGUAGAUGAAAUUCUUGCGAUCAAUAAGAUUGGAAUUGCGGCGGAACUCAGCUGAAACAAUCGAUUCAAUCUGGCGUCUGUCUUCGAGGGACUUCGAAUGUGCAACUCUCAAAAAUCCUCUAUAUAGAGCUAGCACUUGCUUCUGCAACCCAGAGAUCUUUGGUCCACUGGAGGCUCCCAUUGCAUCUUCUUGUCAAGUUCCUUUUUUGAUAUGCCUGUUUCUUGUGCUAUCGAACAGCAAAGAAGCAAUAUGUGAUCUUUUCAGCCUUUUUCUGUGGAAUGACUCACUGACUACAACGACAACAAGAGCAAUUAUAAGCAAAACGUUGGUCAGGUUUGGGGUUUAUGGCCUACAAAUCAAACAAUCUAUCAGCUCAACCAUGGAGUGAAUAACUGUUCAAAAAAGAUUAAAUUUUGUAUGACAUCAAAUACUAGCAAUUGCCUG